CUCUGCCUCAAAAUGCCGAAAAUCUGAUCAGGUAAUGCCAACUUAUGACGGCUAAAGUUCGCGGGCAAAUCUGUCGAACUUGACAAUUCACAGGUAUUUACGAAGCUGCGUCCGCAUACGUGUGUGCGUGAUAAUAUUGAUAAGUCCAUUACUUCAUCCAGUACUUCAUCAACUAAUGAAGUACUAUGCUUAGUCAAACCGACUCGAGAGCGUAUCGUCCUUAACGAGCACCGCAGAAAUUGAUCCAUAUGAUACGAUGUGUAUGACAUGUCACAACAUAACCUCUCUACUAUGCAACACGCGUGGUUCGACCGCUGUUUAGUCCCAUUUCCUGCAAACGACGGUAGAGGAUGGAUCACGAGGAUGAAUUUCUUAAUACCUUCUUCACGCAAGUUGCUCAGCUGUGUUCCGACAAAGCUAAAGAAUCCGUUGAAAAAGAGAGAGAGUCAUGCAGGCAAACGCAAAUGGGUCCAUGGGGUAUGCUUCUCAUGCAUUUACCACAAAUAGCUGUAGCUGAACGCUCAUACGCGGAUUUAGGCUUUCUUCAUACUAAAAACAAAGGCUUCCUUAGGAAAGAUAAUUCUUUAAAGACUGUAUAUGAGUCGUUGAAGUCUGAUUUAAAGAGACUGGAGGAGAUGACCAGAGGAACGAAUUCCAUUGGCACGAACGUCGCGAACGUUUCUAAUCAGCUGUGUCAGUUCAUCACGGCAAGAAUCCAGCUGAUAGAUUUUUAUGAGAGGAUGUACAAUAUGAGCGUAAGCAGCAAAGUUAUAAAGCACCAGGAGCUGCUGCAAUGUAUAGAAGGAAUAGUGGAAAGUCAUUUAUUGUCCUGUUCUCAUUUAGCACUGACCGCUAUCAAGACUGGAUUAACGCUGGAGUGUGAAAUAUUGGUGCAGUUAAUAAAGGCACAAGUGGAGGUACAAAACUGGAGGUUUCUGCCGACUCUGAUGGCUCUUUAUGGAGCACAAACGCGAAUGUCAGCCUGGGAAAGAACUCUCCAGAGCAAGGAGUCUUGGAAAUUGGGCUUUGGCGCAACGUUUCUCAAGGCGAAUCAGCAGCCAGCAUUGUAUCAGUGGCUGGUGAAACUUCGCGGUGCUAUAUUAGCCAAGUGUUCUCUGUAUUUCCACACGACUCUAAGCCAACAAGCUAAUCCAGGCGAGAUGAGAAGCAUCAUGAGCAAGCAAAGCGUGGAUUAUUAUCACAAGAUACAAAGCUUUCAGCGAAAACACGACGUGCUAGCGGUACUGAUAAUCUUCGAUUCCCGAGGGACUGAAAAUUCAGGUUCUGGGUACAAACAUCCGGGAAGAGGAACAGAUACAUCGGAGAACUUUCCUAUUGUCAUUUGUUGCCCUAGUACAUUCAUGCACAAACCGUCGGUACAUUUAGACAAUAUCCAGAGCAAGAUAAAGGAACGUCACGCAGAACUGCUUGCCAUGGACAAAGUUAUUUAUCACAAAAGCACGAAGGAUUUAUGUACGUAUGCUUUCCACAAUAGCGACCUCAGAAUGACCCUCGUGGUCGCGUACGAAAAUGGCAAGCAAAGAGACAAGGAAACUCACAUCACGUCAUUCAUGACGGAUCUUUGCAUGCAUAUCAGGUGCAACAAGAUUUACGAGUGCUUGAAGCUGUCGAAGUAACUGCGCGAAAAUAAAUAUAUAUAUAUAUUUAAAAAAUAUUGAAUAAUACCAAAGACCUGAAUAUGUUGUAAUCAAAAACUGGUUAAUAUCGAUAUAGUUACGUGAAUUAUAAAAAUUAUAAAUAAAUUUUAUAUUAAACUGUU